CAAGAAACCAUCACUUCACUGAACGAUGAAUGGACUGCAAGAUCAAAAUAUAUUAUACCUGGAAACAUUAUGUCAAGCGAUACGCGUGUUGCUCAAAAUGGUUACAUUUCUUUGUAUCGUCGGUGGACAGAAUUAUACUCUCCAAAGUCGCCGGAACAACGAGCCAAUGCCGAGCAGUUACUAGACGCUGCCUUCCCAACAUUCUCCGAGACCUCAACUACACGUGUCAACGGGACGGUCAGUCCCUUGGGCGUGAAAAUACAGACUCCUGUUGAGUCUUCUCUUUAUUGCCGGUUGUUGUUGGAUAAUUCAGCUUCACCUUUUGCUCAAAUGUUUGCAACGACAAGGUUAAAGAGUCUCGUCUUGGAUCAUUAUUCAAUGUUCUCCAUGACAGAGAAAAUAGAACUGAGAAAUUAUGUAUUGACAUAUAUGGCCCAACACCCAGACUUUCAACCUUUUGUCUUGUCUUCGCUUGCGCAGCUUUUUGCAACUAUCACUAAAGUCGGAUGGUUCGAAAGCGAGGAGUUUAAAAAUGUCCCAAAUGAUUUGUCAAAUUUUCUUCAGUCCACAGUCCACCACAUGAUUGUAGGGUUACAAAUCCUUGCAAUAGUUGUUUCUGAGAUGAACCAAUCCUCCACAAGAAAUCUGACUAGACAAAGAAAGACUGCUGUUGGAUUCAGGGACACUGCGUUAUUGGACAUUUUUAGAAUGGGUUUGGUUGUCUUGCGUCAAUUGUUAAAUGAGGACAUCAUGUUUGCCAAUGAACUUCAGGAACACAAGACGAAAGAAUAUUGUUUAAUAUUGUUGCGGAAUUGUUUGGCUUUUGAUUUCAUUGGCACCACCAUAGAUGAAUCUGGCGAAGACGCGGGAAGCAUUCAGGUGACAUCAUCCUGGCGUUCGACAAUCGAGGACCCUUCAUUUAUUCGAACCUUAUUUGAGGCGUAUAAACGGUUCCAACCGCCACAUUCCAGUCAAGUCAUGGAAGUACUUGUUCAGGCUUCCUCCAUACGUAGAUCUCUCUUUAGCGAAGAAGAGCGAUCUAAGUAUUUGCACAGUCUAAUGCAAGGGAUUAGUGAAAUCUUAUUGAGCUCCAUAGGUCUCUCAGACUUAAAUAAUUAUCAUGAGUUCUGUCGCCUCUUGGCAAGAUUUCGAUCUACCUAUCAAUGGAGCGAGAUUUCUGAAAAGCCGGGAUAUAACGAGUGGAUCGACUUGGCUGCGGAAUUCUCUGUUAAGGGGCUUAACAAUUGGCAGUUGGUACCAAAUAGUGUGCAAUAUUUACUUACAUUUUGGUCAAAAAUGCUUUCUUCGGCUGGAAGCUCUCGUCCUGGACUAUCGAACAAGCUCGAGUUGAUUGCUUCAAAGUUAACUCGUACGUUUAUCACGUCCAAGAUUGAGUCGGUAGAGUCCAUUAUAGAUGGUGCGGUUGAUGAUCCAUUAGAAAACGAAGAUGCAGUUGUAGCUGACCUAGAAAUGUUUGCGAGUAUAGCGCGUUGCAAUUACGAAGAUGCCAAUCAAGCUAUUGUGAAUGCAUUUAACCCUAUCGCACAACAAUAUCAGGCGUUAUUACAGCAAAUCACUGCUGGUGUGAUACAAGACUUUACUCAAAAUUUAGAAGUGAUCGAAAGUAA